AUGACUACCAAUGGUGCUUCUCAACAGAACCUCGACAGUCCUACCAAUGCUAGCACCACAAAGGCUGCGCCAGCCAACGCUGCUGCUGUGCGCCGAAGCUCCAGCAACUAUCAGGCUUUGCUCUCCCCUCAGCUUCAGACGUCUCCCUCUUUUGUGCAGACGCCUCGCUCCUCUACCGGGAGAUGGGGCACGCGAAGAGGUCCUGGCAUAUCCAGUCCAAACUAUUCGUUCAAUGGUAAAAGUCCUAUGAGCGUUUCCAGGCGAAACUCAUACUUUGCCUCUGGGGACGUGCGGUGCCAGCACGAGAUUGGCGUGGGCUUGGAGCUUCAAGACCGGUCUUAUUCGGACCUCUUGGAUUGGAUCGAGGAAGAGCGUCUGAUCAGGCUACCGCAGAGAGGCGGAUGCUGGGACCGCGUUUUGAUCUAUGCACAACACUUUGCGGAUCAGGUAUGCGGGCUUGGUGAAGCCAUCGAGUCGUUUGUUCCGGGCAGCAGCGCUGCUUCGGACUUUGUGUUUGGACAGUGCUUGUUUCUUCUUUACGAGCUUGGCUAUGAGAACGCAGUAGCAUUGGACAAGGCGUUCACCCUGUUCUACAACAUCGGUCUCGUGUUCAGACCCCUCCUGAGAAAAGAUGGUACCCUUUUGGAGUCUCCAGAAGUCAUGCAUGACGUUUCUCGGGCAUUCUCGGAAAUGCUCAGCGUCGUUGCGGACGUCGCCAUGGCCUAUUACGGUCCCAUACGCAGUCUCCGUCACGGACGGCAGACUUCCAUCACAAUCGACAUUUACGCCCGGUUCGGUCAUCGCCUGGAGAGCUUCCGCACCAGAGUCCACCACUGCGCCGAUGCCAUUUGGCAAAACGCCCUGGAGCGAUCCAUGGAUGAACCCGACCAGGUUCACAAGCUGCAAUCAUGGCUUGCGCCCCAGGACACCAUUCUCAAGCUCUUGACGUCGGAGCAUGUCAACCUGGUGAGCCGUGCCGAGGAGUAUACCUGCACCUGGCUGCAGCCUCAUCUCAACUCCUUCUUCGAAGGUGAUGACAAGUGCCUGCUGGUGCAAGGAAAUGCUGGGUUUGGCAAGACCACUCUUGCGAACUGGGUGGUGGAUCGCCUUCAGAGACCCGUCGCCCGGAAGGAUAUCUCGACGUUGAGUUUCUUCUUCAACUCUAGCGUAAUGGCCCUGGAGACGCCCCUUGCCAUGCUGAAGACGCUCCUCCUCCAGCUCCUGACACAGCGUGUCGGUGACGUGGAUAUCUUCCGUGUUGUCAUGGAAGCUUAUACGGACUCAAGUUCCGAAUCCGCGCAAAAGCAAGAGGAGAUUUUGUGGAAUGCCUUGGAGGCAGCCUUGGAGAAUGCUCACAAUGAUGAGACGGAGACACUUUUAGCCAUCAUCGUCGACCUGGACGAGCUGGAAGCACAGAAGGCGCGCGGCAAGCAAGUGGCCGAGAGACUCCAGAAGCUGGCGCACAAGACCACUGGCAUCCGCCUACUUCUCUUCUCGUCGCCCUUCGAGAUGAAGUACGCGACUGCGACAACAAAGGUCAACAUGACGCUCGAGAAUACGUCUGAUGACGUCCAGACCAUCAUCCGCCACGGCCUCACCAGAGUGCCACACUUCUCCGACAAUCGGGACGAGGCGGCACAGGAGCAGCUUGUGGACCAGCUCAUGUCCGCCUCUGACGGCUCGAUCCUCUACGCAUUCUUGGUUGUGCGCUUCCUCAAGCUGCAGAAGUCUCUCGCUGCCUUCGGCCAGGCCGUCGAGGCUCUUGCGAAGUCUCCGCAUAAGACCGUGACAGAUGUUGUCCAGAAGCUGUUGCCGGUCUUGCAGCUGAAUGACGACAGCAAGGCUCUGUUGUCUUUGCUCGUUGCUGCGGAGCGCCCGCUGUCCCGCAAAGAAAUCGAGCUCCUCCUGCAGGUCCAAAUCCACCCCGGCCACAAAUCGGAGGGACAAGUCAAUAUCGAUUCCGUGAUCCGUUCUGUGGCUCCCUUCGCCAUGACCGGCGAGGGCCUGGUCACGCUUCGUCACCGGGCCAUCAAGCAUGCACUUGUCUCUAUUCCUGACUCGUCUCCUCAGUCGCUCAGGCUGAAGGAGAGGCACAGAGAUUUCCUGCUGCGGUUGUUUGCCUGCGCAAAGAAUCGAAUUGCUUCUGGGGAUGGGUAUGAGCCCACACUAGCAUUCCUGAGCCAGGAAUAUGUUGACAGCAGACUUGCCUCGGACCGCAUCCUUGAGUAUACAGUACGCUACUGGCCAGUCCACUUCCGGAAGUCUCCUUCGCUCUACAAGCAGCAGGGUGACUUGCAACUGCCCAAGGACUUCUCAUCCAGCUUUCCAAGCUCUGUGGGCCUCGCGCUUCUCGAGGCAGGAUGCUGGCGCGUGCAGUCGUCGCUGGACACGCAGAUCAUGGAUAUGGUGACUCUGGCUUAUCGUGUUCGUCGUGCCAUCUUUGGCCAAGACCAUCCAUCUGUGUUGCAGUCAGCCAUCAUCUGCGCUAUAUUCUGCGAGCACACCUUGUCUCGCCCGGCCGAUGCGAUCGAAUGGUACUUCAAAGCCAGCACGAUUGGGCGUGUGAUCCUCGGUGUGCAAUCCGAACUGGUCAUCGCCUGCUGCACGGCUACCAUCCGCCUGUCUGAGUCGUUCCUAUCCAAGACUCGAACCGAAAUCAUGACAUAUCGCGAGCAGACCUUGAUUCUUCUUGUCUCGGCUUACAAACAACGUUAUGGCGAGGCUUCGGAAGAAGUGCUGGAGGUCUACAACACUCUGGUCGAGCUAUACAUAUCGAUCAGUGAGGAGCAGAAGGCGGCAGAGAUCCGCGUCAAGAUCGAAGAGAUUAUGACUCUUGCCGCUCACACACACGGAGAACAUCAUCACUCGUCGAGAGGCUCAAAGCUCCUCGUCACUAUAAAGAGGAAGGAUCAAGCGGUGAUGAUCUCCAUCGCGGUGACUCUGCUGGCUGAGAAGAAGUACGCCAGGUAUGAGGAGCUGCUGUUGGAGCUCUGGCUCAAGCUUGAUGAGUACUGCCGUGGGUCUCAGAACCACGAGUGGCACCAGAAGAAGAUCGAGGUGACGCUCAAGUAUGUCGAGGUUCUUCAUAUCCAGAAGCGGAGGGAAGAGGCGUCAGCUCUGCUCCUCUCGUGUUGGAACGAGUAUUCCUGCCACACGGUGACUACUUUUGAGUCGAUCAUUCUCUGCCUUAAGGAGGUGGGCCAUUGGAUGCAGCGGGUCCAAAUGACGUCUGUUGCACUUGCAGUCUUCCAGAAGUGCUGGUCCUGGUACAAAUCGUCGCACAAGGAGACGACGACAACCUUCAAACAGAUCGAGGAGCAGAUUGCCAUCACCUCCAAGGAGAUUGUCAAGGUAUCUUCCACAACGUCUACAACAUCCGUUACCGAAUCGUCUGAGACGGUCUUGCGGGAGGUCUUCGAGUCCUCUCUAUCAAGCAAAGAGGUCACAGAAGUGUACUCGAGCACCAUCGAGCUCUGCGAGUCCCUGUCCUCGCUCUACUUUAAGGAGGAGAGAUGGUCUGAAGCGUCUUCGAUCUUGAAGCAGACUCUGAUGAGGUCUUCUUUCUCCUCCUUGUUCUCCCAGUCGCUGGAGCGCAUCGAUGUCAAGAGCUCGACGACUACCAAGAACAUCAGCCUUGUGAUGAAGCUGGCCGAGUGUUAUAUCCAUCAGAGUCGGUUUGAGAAAGCAGAACACCUUUAUCUUUCUCUGUACCGCCUUCACCGCAAGAGCUGUGAUCGCCUUGACGACGCUCUUAUCAUCAAGUACACUGAGGUCUACAUUGAGUUCUUGAAGAAACACGCCAUGGUCAACCAGCUCAUUUCUUUUUACCAGGACCUUCUGGUGGAGUACCGUGGUUUCUAUGGUCGCAACCAUGCAAGGACCAUUUCCGUGCUCUAUGCACUCGGGGAUCUGUGCCAUGCGCACCCUGUAACCCAUGGCUACUUUGUGGACUAUUAUCUCGAGAUUGUCACCAACCUUAACCAAGGUGCGCUUGUAUGUCACGAAGAUGCAUUGCGCGCUCUGGUGAUUGUUUCCGACCACUAUUACCAAAGCCAGAGGUUCUCCGAAUCGCUCCGGUUCUUCAGGUCUAUCAUUGCGACUUUCUGCAAACUCGGCACGUCGUGUGCGUUUUUCAAGGAGGCCACUGUUGUUCAGCAGAUCUUGGAGAAGUACUACAAGGCAAUCGAAGAGACCGAGGUCGAGAUCAGCGAGCACCUGGAGAUCCUCAAGGAGAUUCGGCAGGCAUGCCUCCAGUACUUUGGCGAGUCGUCCUCCAUCUCCGUCUUUGUGACGUUGCACCUGGCCGAGGUGUACCAGAGGAGUGAGAAGUACCAGUACGAGGCCAUCUCGUACUACGAGCACAUCCUGAAGCACUCCAAGACAGUCUCCAAGACGGUUGUUGAGCGCAGCCAGAGCACCCUCAGGUCGCUCUACGUGAAACAGGUCACCUCCUCGACUGAGUCCAAGACCGUCACCAAGGAGACUCUGGAAAAGGCCACCGAGAUGUCCUAUUCGCAGUAUCUGGAGAUCAAGAAAGUGCACUCGGUCACACAUCACGCAACGCUCACGCAGCUCAAGGAGCUCGUCAUGCUCUACAAGAGACAGUCCAAGACAACAACCGCCCUGACCGAGAUGAGGAGCCUGGUCGUCGAAUGCCUCAGCAAGACGACCUCGUCACAAGAGCUGAUCGAAACGGCCAAGUACGUGGCAGAGAUGUACGUCUCGUGUGGCUAUGCGUCGCAUGCGCACGUCCUGGUCCAUGAGCUCAAGCUCCAGCUCAUCUACAAGAUCGCCUCCAAGAGCUGCGGCUUCGACAUCACGCGGGUGGACAUCCACGGCUGCUUUGCCUUUGUCGCGACGCUCGAGUGGUCGCUGCGGUCCGACCUGACCCUGACGAUCGCCAGCUUCAUGACGGAGCUCCUGGCCGAGUCGCUGUUCUACGAGCGCUUCAGUGCCAGCAUCAAGGCGAAGGAUCAGAUGCACGUCGUGCUCAUGCGUGCGGCUCGCCUGCAAAACAUGCUGUCCCGGUUGCACCGCCACAAGGACUUUGAUUUGAUCGAGACAAGCCUGGUCGACUACUUUGUCUCUGUGGAGACUCGCAUUGCCAAGUCAUGCUCCAAGAACGCAGUGAGAGCGUUUUUGGUUGUUCUGCUGGCGCGCUUCUCGGCUCAUCCUGGGGAGCUGACCCAAGACACCAUGACCAGCCGUGCAGGCCGCGCAGCUGUCGAUGAACUGAGGUCGCUGCUGCAGAAGGACAAGUUCAGGGAGGCGAUCGAGCUCGCCCGCGCCACCUACCUGUUCCUCAUGGCGCACGAGGGUCUGGAUGAUCCCACCGAGAUCUCGCUCGGCUUCCAGAUCUGUCAACUGAUGGCUGGCCACGACGACCAAGGCCUGCAAAAGGAGAUGCUGAGCCUAGCAGCACAAACCCUAGGCGAGGUGCUCGAGAUCUGCAAGACGCACGGCAUCGACCUCGUCCGCUGCCAGUGGACCGAGAUCAACAACCUCAUCUCGCUGCUCGGCGAACUCAACGAUCUCCCCCGUCUCCAGUGGCUGCUGAACACGCUCUGGCAGUCCCGCGACGGGCAGUACGAGUGGGGCCACGACGUGAUGCUCGCCCUCGGCCUGCGCCUCGUCCAGGUCUCCUUCACCAGCGCAAAGACCGACGCCGACAGGAAGAACGCGAUCCGCCUCGCCGAGGACCUGGCCUACAACGUCCGCCGUGUCCACGGCGCCCGGCACCAGCGCACCCUGGAGAUCAUGUCCCUGCUCGCCAGCCUGUACACCAGCACAGCACAGCACUACCACCACCAGGCCGCACCGCCGUCCUCGUCUGGCGCCGAGCCGAGCGGCAGCGCAGGGGCGGGGGCGGACAGCAGGAAGCGUGCUGCCGACAUGGCGAAGCUCUACUUCAAGAAGGCGGCCGUCGUCCACGAGGACCUGCUCAAGCUGCUCGUCGACAGCGAGGCGGGCGCCCAUGAGGACGCCAGCGACUCGGACUCGGUGACGUCCAGCUCGACGACGACGGCGGUCCGGCGCCGGGUCUCGUCUCGCCGCGCCAGCCGCGUGUCCUCGCCUGUGCUCCUGCGCAAGGCCUCUUCCCACGCGGCUCUGCGCCACAGCCACAGGCCCUCCCCUGCCUCCAUCACGCGCGAGCAGGAGGUCCAGGCUGUGAAGACGCACCUGCGGCUGCUCAAGAUGGCGCUGCAGAGGUUCGGUUCCUGGGCAGGGCCGGCGGGCGAGUAUGAGAGGCUGACGACGAGAGUCUGGCGGGCCUACUCGGCAGAGCUCUCGGCGGUGGGUGUGAAGGAGGAGCAGGUGCUGAGCACGAGGUGGAAGCUGGAUGGGUUUGGGCAGGGCAAGGCGGAGGGGAGGGUUGAGGAGGGGGCUUUUGCUGAGCCUCGAGACUGGCGAGUGUGUGUUUAGAUGUGUGUGCGUGUGUGUUGGGAGUCCCAGGUAUGAUUUUUAUGUGUUCUAACUCUUUGUUUUUUGGGAUGUAUGGACGAUGGUUGGCUUUGCUUUGGACAGUGACACGAAGGCUCAUGUAAUAUAUAACGGAUAUGUUUUGAAAUUUUGAAUCUCAAACGCUCUUUAUUAUUAUGAUCUCC